GAAAGGACUGCUCUGGUCGUAUUCAUUAAAACACCAGGAAAGGAUGUUGAUUGUAAUUCUGAUGUCUUAUGUUUACUCAUCAUAUGGUCUUAUUUGGUCUUGGAGGACUCUACCAUGUGAUAUUACAUUAUCCACCACUUCUGUUUCCUUAGACUGCUCAAGCAGAAAACUAUGCACUGUUCCUAAAAUCUGCAUUUGGAAUGCCACUCAACUCAACUUAGCUAAAAAUCAAAUAAAGAGAGUUUCAAGUGACUCUUUUUCAAAGCUGCAAAAUCUAACUCUGUUAAAUCUCAAAGCAAAUCGGCUGCAGAAUGAGCCUCAUACAGACAAACUCCUUUUUUCUGAUUUAGCUAAACUCAAAAUAUUGUUACUUGAUGAUAAUCACCUCUCCACCGUUCCAAGACAUGUUCCAGCUGGACUGCAAACUCUAAGGCUAAGUGGCAAUCACAUCAAGACCAUUGGACCUUCAGACUUUGCAGGAAUAAAAAACAUAAAAGACAUUAGAUUAAGCAAGAACUGCUAUCAUAAAACUGGUUGUAUAGGGUCCUUAAUUAUUCAGAACAGAACAUUUUCUGACUUACAUCAGCUGACCUACCUUUUUUUAGCACAAAACAGGCUGCAAAAGUUACCACCAGAUUUACCUGGAUCUCUCCAAAAGCUCCAUUUACGACAGAACAUGAUUGAGAAUAUUGAAGCAUCUGACCUUGAAAACUUAACAAAACUCAGAGUUCUGGAUUUAUCUGGAAAUUGCCCUAUUUGUGACAAUGCUCCUUUCCCAUGCAGCCCCUGUAAAACAAAAAAUCAUGCCCUGCAGAUCAAUCCAGAAGCUUUUAGUCGACUAUCCCAACUUCAGGAGUUACGAUUAUCAGGAAAUUCAUUACAAACACUCAAUCCAUCAUGGUUUAAAAAUCUUACAAGAUUGAAGUACUUGUAUCUUUCUUUUAACUUUCUUAUUAGUGAAAUUGAAAGUGGACAGUUCUUUUAUAGUUUACCCUACGUCGAGAUCAUUGACCUGUCAUACAAUAACCCACCGCAAAAAAUUUCCAGAAGACUGAAACUCUCGAAAGGUUUUUCAGAACUGAAGUCAUUGAAAAGCCUACAUCUUGAGGGCUAUGUGUUCUCAGUUCUUUGUGAAAGUGACCUGAAGCCUCUCUUUAGUUUAAAAAACCUCUCAGUCCUAAAUCUGGGUGUCAACUUUCUCCAGCAGAUCAAUCUGUCCCUUUUUGAAAACUUUUACAAUUUAUCUGUCAUUUCUUUGAUUGAGAACAGACUCACAUUCACUGGGAUGAAAAAAAACCAGUAUGAGAGGUUAUGCACAAGCGAUGUGGAUUCUGAGGAUAAGGAAGAACAUAGUGUGCAAAGUCCUUAUAUCCACAGAGAUGAAGAGUUUCGUCGCUACCCACCCUUUUUAAAACCUGAGUGCUUGGAAACAGGACCUGUGCUAGACCUCAGCAGAAACAACAUGUACUACAUCAAUCCAGAGUAUCUACAAGCUGUGGAGAGUAUUACAUGUCUUAAUCUUUCUUACAAUGACAUUAGCUCAUUUUUCAAUGGCACUGAGUUUAUUCAGUUUCCAAAGCUAAAAUACUUGGACUUGUCACAUAACCGAAUCUACCUUCGUUUAAAAUCUGCCUUUAAUGAAUUGAAAGAAUUGGAAGUUUUGGACCUAAGUCACAACAAACAUUACUUUGAGGUAGCAGGAGUGAGUCACACACUAGCAUUUCUCGAACACCUCCAGAACCUAAAAGUUCUCAAUCUCAGUUGGAAUGAGAUAAAUACACUGAGUGACAAGACACUGAACAGCAGUUCUCUUAAGGAGCUACAGUUUCAAGGGAAUCGACUAGACAUAAUGUGGAAAAAGGACAAAGGUUUCAAAAAUCUUUUUAAACUUCUAGGAAACUUAACACAUCUUGACAUAUCAUACAACAAACUCAGACAAAUCCCAGGGGACAUUUUGAGCUAUUUCCCACCAACCCUGAAAUAUCUGAAUUUGAACAGGAACCAACUUAGCAAUUUCUGUUGGGAACAACUCAGCUGUUUGCCUCAGUUGGAAAUAUUGGAUUUAAGCAAGAACAAGUUGGACGUUGUGACUGAAAAACUAUCAGCUCAUACAAGUUCACUGAGAAUCUUGGACUUGCGCCAUAACAUGAUCUCUAAACUAGGAAUAAACUUUCUUGAACAUGCCAAAAGCCUCUGGACUUUGGAUCUUAGUUUCAACAGACUGGAAAUAAUCAGUGAGACUUCAUUCCUAUUACAUGAUGGAAAUGAUCUACGUACACUGUACCUGGAGAGUAACCCUAUACAUUGUACAUGUGACCUUCUUGACUUUGUUCUAUGGUUAGAGAGCAGUGAGGUAGAGAUCCCUAACCUCGCAACAGGGGUCUUAUGUGACUUGCCAGCUCCCAAGAAAGGCCAGCCAAUGAUCCGACUUGACCUUAAAAAUGCCUGCAUCAAUGACAGCACUGGGCAAAUACUCUACAUUAUCUCCUCUACCUUUAUUCUUAUCAUGCUGUUUACUGCGAUCACAAUACACCUUUUCUACUGGGAUGUGUCCUACAUCCUUACUUUUUGGAAAGCCAAAAUAAAGGGUCACAAAUCAACAGAGUGCAUUUAUGAUGCUUUCGUUAUGUAUGACACCAAAGACCAUCUGGCUUCUGACUGGGUGCUGAACCACCUGCGAGUGGAGCUGGAGGACAGGGGGGAGACUGUACGUCCCCUAUGUCUGGAAGAGAGGGACUGGAUGCCUGGUUCUUCCAUCAUGGAGAAUCUCAAUCAGAGCAUUCGAUGGAGCAGGAAGACCAUUUUUGUGCUAACGGAAGGCUUCGUCUGCAGUGGGAUUUUUAAAGUGGCAACUUAUCUCAUUCAACAGAGGCUGCUGGAGGAAGGUGUGGAUGUUAUGGUGUUAAUCCUGUUGGAACCAGUGCUCCAGCAUUCAAGAAUCUUGCACUUGAGACGGUGCCUGUGUGGGAAUAGUGUGCUGGAAUGGCCCAGGAAUCCUUCAGCAGAGAAGUGGUUCUGGCAGAGUCUGAGGAAUGCCAUCAGAAACGAAAAUCAGGGAAUGCAGAGCAAGCUGUUUAAGAACUAUUAUACUACUUAAUAAACUCACUGGUACAAAACAACAGUGCUAUAAUUCAGAGGACAUAUAUAUAUAUAUAUACGAGAAAAAACAACACUGUGUAUUUCUGUAUUUUUACGCUUUGAAUAUUAAGUCCUCCUUUUAUAAAUUUUACAAUGUUCUUAUGCUCUUACACUCACUGUGGCUAGAUCACCACUACCACACGUUAUUUUCACACCCAAAGGUUUGCUUCCUUCUGA